AUGGCCUCCAGUUCCUGCCCGCCGUCCCCGCUCCUCGUGCGGCUGCCGGAGGCCAUCCCCAGGGCGCACAGGAAGCUAGAGAAAUACUUCCAGAGCCGGGCCUCCGGAGGCGGGGAGUGCUCUGUCCAGCCCGUGGGUCCCAGCGCCCCCGACACCUUCGAGGUGAAGUUCCUACAAAGGGCAGCUAAGGAGAGAGUACUGGAACAGGAAGAGCACCAGAUGUCAAUUGAUGGCAAACCCGUGCCCAUUUUCCUGGAGACCAUUAAAAAGCCAGUAGAUGACCCAAGCUCCAGACGCCCGUCUUUGACACAGUCGUCAGCUGAGAUAGAAAGUUCCAGACCUCCAUCUUCGACACAGUCGUCGGCUGAGACAGAAAGUUCCAGACCUCCAUCCUUGACACAAUCGUCAGCUGAGAUAGAAAGCUCCAGACCUCCAUCUUUGACACAGUCGUCAGCUGAGACAGAAAGCUCCAGACCCCCGUCUUUGACACAGUCAUCAGCUGAGACAGAAAGUUCCAGACCUCCAUCCUUGACACAGUCGUCAGCUGAGACAGAAAGUUCCAGACCUCCAUCCUUGACACACAACUUCAUGGAGAGCAGCGAUGCCUUAUCUCUACCCUUAGCCCCCAAGGUCAAGCUAAUGUUCCUGGGGGUCUUCCUGAAAAUGGGGUUGAUAUCCAAGAGAUCUUAUUUGUACCUGUGCCCUUUAAACUUUCAGAUCUUUCUUGCUGUGACCGCUGAGCUGAACUGUGAACUGCUCUCCAAAGAGCAGAGAGCACGCAUAGCCGCUGUGUGCCCUGGCGUCAAAAGCGUGGAGGGUGAGGAUGGAAUUGCGAAGGUGUGUGGCAGCUUCAGAGAUAUUGAGAUGAUACAUCACUUUUUGAGCAUGCAGCUUUUGGAAAGUGAGCAGAAACAGAAGUACCCUCCACAAAAAUACCCCCCUUCUGAUGUGGAGAGAGAGCCACCCAACCAGCAAGACCGGGUCAGAGGCUUUUCCUCUUCGGAACCAAAAGCCAAGUUAGAAGUUUUUGAGAACUGUUUUGAAGUUUCUGUGCUUUUCCUUGAAUAUUUCAGACAUGCCUGUCCUGGUAGAAUACAGUCCAUAGAGAAAAAAUUUGGUGUGAACAUUGAAAUCCAAGAUAGUGCUCCCGACAUAGUCUCUGUACGCUUCACACCCAGGCAGUCAGACAACGUAAACUUAGAAGCAGCCUGUGAUUCUUUUGUGAAAGACUUUCAGAAGUGCAUCCAAGCUCUGAAGCAAGAUUGUGUCUCUUUAGAGGACCCUCAGAAAGCAAAGGAACUCAGACAGGAGUUGAGUCGCUGCUUUCCAAAGCUCCUGAUAAAGGGGCAGGGGGAAACGCUAACUCUCCUCGGCUCUCAAGCUGACAUUUCAGCUGCCACAGAAAAAGUCUCCCAAACUUCCCUCAAGACACCUGUGAAAAUAGUGGCGUCUGGUUACAGGAUGGGGAUUGAAGUUGAUUCGACUCACUUUAAGCUUCUAAAACCGGAAUUGCUCCAGGAAAUCUCAGAGAUAGAGCAGAAGUAUAACACCUGCAGCAAAAUCCAGGAGAAAGGCCAGAAAACCUGCAUCCUAUUUGACACCAAGGAUAAGGAGGUUGACCUGUCUGUGCACUCUUAUGCAAGUUUCACUGACGCCUUCCAACAUGCCACGUGCCAGCUAAGGACAGAAGUCCUGCCGCUGAAACACUUGGGCAAGGGGAAAGCUCACUUACAUAAGACCAAGUUUGUGGACGACUUAAAAAAAAAGCACCCCAGUGUACACUUCGUGAUAUCUCAAGAGUCAAUGACUUUCAUUGGUUUGCCGAAUCAGCUUGCGCAGGCAAAGCAGUAUGUCUUCAAAAGAGUGGGACUGCCCCCAUCGUCUGGAGAGAAAAUAAAUGGGGAUCAUGAAACACCCAUGGAUAUCGACAGGGAUGACUCCCAUUCAGCUUUACCUCCUCCCAGAGGCUCGGCCGAUAGCUCUGGGGCCUUGAAGGAGAAGAGCGUGGAAGAUGACUGUGCCAUCUGCAUGGAUACCAUUAGCAACAAGCGUGUGCUCCCUAAGUGCAAGCAUGAGUUCUGCACCCCCUGUAUCACCAGAGCCUUGUCAAUCAAGCCUGUCUGUCCUGUGUGUCAGACUUCCUACGGUAUCCAGAAAGGGAACCAGCCAGACGGAGGAACCAUGACUUUCAGCACGUUAAGACAUCCCCUUCCAGGUUAUGGGAACUGUGGCACAAUUGUGAUUCAGUAUACUAUGUCAGGGGGCAUCCAAACAAAGGAGCACCCAAACCCAGGAAAGCCCUAUCCUGGAACACAUCGAACAGCGUACUUGCCUGAUAAUGAAGAGGGAAGAAAGGUCUUGGAUCUGCUCCGGGAAGCCUUUCAAAAAAGGCUGAUUUUCACAAUAGGGUACUCUCGAGCAACAGGAGCCUCGGAUGUCAUUACAUGGAAUGACAUCCAUCACAAAACAUCCCCAUUUGGAGGGCCAGAAAAUUUUGGCUACCCUGAUCCUAAUUACCUGAAACGUGUCAAGGAGGAGCUGAAAGCGAAAGGAAUUGAGUAAGGAAAGCACUGAGAAGAUGUCUGUCCACUUUCCAAAGAAGUGUGUCAGGAGGUCGUAUUUGUACAGGCCUAAAUCUUUUCAGAAAACUAUAGCUUUUUUUGUGUUAAGUAGAUGUAGUUUCUAUAAAAGCAGAAAUCUGCUUGCCAGUCAUUUCUAGAGUGUUACUGUUUCAUGGAAGACAAAAUAUAAAGGGCAUGGGCUGGGGAGGUCAUCCAUAAGUUGUGAAGACAUGAGCUCAGAUCAGCAGCAGCCACGCAAAGGCUGGUAUGAUGACAUACGCUUAUAAUCUUAGCACUGGUGAGUGGAGAUGGGGGGAUUCCUGGAGCAUACUGGCCAGCUAGUCUAGCCCAAACCAUGAGCUCCAGGUUCACUGAGAGACCUUGUCUCAAGAAAUCGGGUGCAUGGGAGCAUGAUGGCACAUGCCUUUAAUGCCAGUACUCGGGAGGCAGAGGCAGGUGAUUUCUGUUAGUUCCAAGACAGCCUGGUCUACAUAGACCAAGUUCCAGGACAGCCAGGGCUACAUGGUAAGACCCUGUCUCAAAACAAACAAAAUAAAUAUGAGGUGGACAGAAAUAAAGACAACUAGCAUCACCCUCUGGCUGCCAUAUGCUCCACACACACAUAUGCACAUAUACACACACAGAGAAAAGUUUUAGAAAAGAAAAAGAUAAGGGAUUUCAAAUUUUUGCUGAGGAAGUCAGAUCUCAUUCUUGUGUUAUGGUUGGGAUGCUGACUAUUAUGAAACCAUCUUCUGUGUCUUUCACUUGAACCAUUGGCAACUAAUUGAACCUCUCCAGUUUUUUGUUUUGCUUGAGACAGGAUCUCACUGUGUAGCUCUUGAACUUGCCUUGCAGACCAGAUUGGUCUUGAAGUUAGAUCUGCCUGCAUCAGCCUCCUGAAUGCUAGGAUUAAAGACAUGUGCUAUAUGCCCAGUUAUAUUUGUUUGUUUGGGGGUUUUUGUUGUUGCUUUUUAUUUUUGAUUGGUUUGGUUUUGGUGUUGGGAUUUAAACCCAAGAUCGAUAAGUUCCAUCCCUAGACCUUUGAUCCUAUUCCAUGGCCAUCUCUAGUAGUACAUUAGUUGUUUGCUUUUUAAUCCCUGCCUGGACAAGUAAAACCCUCGUGUAAAUGGGAAAUUUAAAAACAGGAUUGCCUGGAGAAGACCACACUUCCUUCCCUACCCACAGCAAGAAACGUGUCCAGGAGAUCAGGCAACUUUUGAUAAUAAAUAGAACAAGAAGAGUCUUGUUUCUCAGGAUACUGAGCCUAGUGGACAGUUGGUGUUUAAUGUGUGUUUGUGGCCUCACUCAGGUAGCUAGUAGCUCAGCAAAGGGAUGCGCACAUGAAAAGAUUUGCUCCUCAGAUCACUGGCAAAAGCAGGACUGGGAACCUUGGCAUUCAUUUGGCAAACAGUUUCUUACUCCAACAGGUAUUGGUUAGACUCUGGCCAGGCCUUUAUCAUAGGCGCUACCCUUCACCGAUCCUUGGAGUCCGCCCUAAAGGGUGCCCUUGUCUUGCCACAGAAGUGCAACGUGUUUUUCACAUUUUACCCCAACGUUAUGUUGUAAGUUUUGAAUAUAUUCUGUUUCAAUUUUAACAGAUAAAUAACCGUGCCUUAGCAUUUUCUAAUAACUGCUACCUGAAAUGUAGUAAUUUUUUGUUUUGUUUUUUUUUUUGGGGGGGGGUGUUUGUUUUUUGUUUUUUGGUUUUUCGAAGUUUUUUGUUUCUUAAUUCUUUGACUGAAUCCCACCAAUUUGUGUUAUCUCUCUCAUGGUUUUUUUAGUCCUUUCCCUGGACAUGAGUGAAGGAGAGAAUUAAACCUACUUUAGAGUCUGUAUGGCAUGUCACAGUACACUGUAAGUGGUCCUCCAAAACAGAAGAAAAUAGUACACAGUGAUCUGGUGAUCUGUGUUACAACUGCUCUCCAAAAUGGUAGAUGACCUGUCUUGAACUUUUCCUUAAGACACACAUAAAAAACAUUUUGGCCAGAUAAUAAUAGCAAGCAUUUAUUGAGUACUUAUUCUGAACAUACUUUACAUUGAUGUGAUCAAUACAAUUUGUAGCUGUAGUCUUUGAACCGAAAAUUGAUGUGCAGAGUAUCGGUCAGUCACCAAAGGUAACAUAAUUAAGUGGAAGUGGUAACUUUUACCUCAGUCUCAGUUUUUGGUUUUUUUGUUUUGUUUUUUGUUUUUUGAGACAGGGUCUCAUGUCGCCCAGACUGGCCUCUUCCUAUGUAGCCAAGGCUGUUCUUGAACUCUGUCCUUCUUGUCUUACCUCCUACCCAAGUUCUUGCAUAUAUCCUAGGCUGAUCUUUGUUGCUGGUUUUUCUUUUGCUCUUUGGGGGGCCCAUCACCCAGCUCCCAGAUAAUCACAUAGAGAUUUACUCUUUCUUAUGAGUGCCCAGUCUUAGCUUGGCUUAUUUCUAGCCAGCUUUUCUUAAAUUACCUUGUCUACCUCUUGCCUCUGGGCUUUUACCUUUUUCUAUUUUUGUAUAUCUUUUCUUUCCUUCUUAUUCUGUGUCUGGCCAUGUGUCUGGGUGUCUGGCCCCUGACAUCCUCCUCUCCUUCUCCUUUUCUCACUCCCUGAUCUCUCUUCCCAGAUUUCUCCUCCUGUUUAUUCUCUCUGCCUGGCAACCCCACCUAUCCUUUCUUCUGCCUCGCUGUUGGCCGCUCAGCUCUUUAUUAGACCAAUGAGGUGUUUUAGACAGGCAAAGUAACGCAGCUUCUCAGAGUUAAACGAAUGCAACAUAGAAGAAUGCAAUACAUCUUUGCAUCAUUAAACAAAUGUUCUCCAGCAUAAAUGAAUGUAAUACAUCUUCAACAAUUAUUCCACAACAAAUCUCUCAGGAUCUGCCUUCCUGAGCCUCCCGAGUAUACGGAUGCACCACUAUGCCUCACUUGGACAUCCAGCUUAGACCUUCUACUGUUGAGGAUUCACCACGUUUUUUUUAUCAUUAAGACUAACUGAUCAUUUUCUGUCUUAUAAUCUAGUAGUUAAAUUUACUCCAAAGAAGCAAAAAGUUGGUUUUUGUUAAGUUCUGGAUCUUGCAUUUCAUCACAUGUGCAGAGGCAAAUUCCAUAUGGUGUGAGUGCUUAAUGGCGUUUGGAUUUCUGCUUUUGCAAGGUGUUAUUAUCUGCCUUAAAUAAACUAGAUCCUUAUUUACAACA